GUCUUUGAAUGCAGCACACUAAUCGAGCUGCCUGAAUUCUUCUCCUAGCGUCGCUCUGCGGCCAUGGUAACACUUUCCUCAACACUGGACCUCUGAUUCAAAGAAACAACACAAACAAGUGCUUUUCAUGCAGCUGUUAUCCAGCAUGAAUUUGGCAGAGAUAUGUGACAACGCCAAGAAGGGCCGAGAGUAUGCUUUGCUGGGGAACUAUGACUCUUCCAUUGUGUACUACCAGGGCGUCAUUCAACAGAUCCACAAGCACUGCCAGUCCCUCAGAGACCCUGCACUCAAAGUCAAAUGGCAGCAGGUCAGGGAAGAGCUAAAUGAGGAGUAUGAGCAGGUGAAAGACAUCAUGGGAACGCUCGAGAGCUUUAAGUCAGAGAGGCCAGUUGACAUCCUCGCCCCUCAAUCCGGGGAGAGACAUGAAGAUCCAGCAGUGUGGCCCCCUCCCACCCCUGCAGAACACAGGAAUCCUGUUGCGGUAAAGCGCCCCAACACUGCAGUGAAGCACCAUAGGAAGGACUCCCCUGGUCUGCAGCAUCGAGGGGCAGGGCCAGGGGGCCGCAGUCAGGCCAACCCUAAACCAGACCGGCCAGGAUCCAGAGAAGCCCGAGGCACAAAGGCCAAAGACGAUAAGGGGAAGAAAGACGCAGCAGGGGAUGUAGAGCAGAGGAAGUUUGAUGGCACAGGAUAUGACAGCGACCUGGUGGACUCACUGGAGAGAGAUAUUGUGUCCCGUAACCCUAACGUGCACUGGGACGACAUCGCUGAUCUGGAAGAUGCUAAGAAGCUGCUGAGAGAAGCGGUGGUGUUGCCCAUGUGGAUGCCCGACUUCUUUAAGGGCAUUCGUCGCCCCUGGAAGGGCGUGUUAAUGGUCGGCCCUCCCGGGACAGGGAAGACCAUGUUAGCCAAAGCGGUGGCCACAGAAUGUGGGACUACUUUCUUCAAUGUGUCCUCCUCCACCCUCACCUCCAAAUACAGAGGCGAGUCCGAGAAACUCGUUCGUUUGCUGUUCGAAAUGGCUCGGUUUUAUGCACCAACAACCAUCUUCAUAGAUGAGAUCGACUCCAUCUGUGGCAGAAGAGGAACAUCUGAUGAACACGAAGCCAGCCGCCGGGUCAAAUCAGAAGUUCUGGUUCAGAUGGAUGGCGUCGGGGGAGCUAUGGAUAACGAUGACCCCUCGAAGAUGGUGAUGGUCCUCGCCGCCACCAACUUCCCCUGGGACAUCGACGAGGCAUUGCGACGACGUCUGGAGAAGCGAAUCUACAUCUCCCUGCCCACAGCUGUGGGUCGUGUGGAGCUUCUAAAGAUCAACCUGAGGGAGGUGGAUGUGACUGCUGACGUGGAUCUGGACCUCAUUGCUAAGAAGAUUGAGGGCUACUCUGGUGCAGACAUCACCAACGUCUGCAGGGAUGCGUCCAUGAUGGCAAUGCGUCGACGAAUCCAAGGCCUGAGCCCCGAGGAGAUCCGAGCUCUGUCCAAAGACGAGCUGCAGAUGCCUGUGACCAUGGAGGACUUCACCCUCACACUCAAGAAGAUCUCAAAGUCUGUAUCUGCUGCCGACCUGGAGAAAUACGAUUCUUGGAUGUCUGAGUUCGGGUCGGUAUAGAGAACAGUACCAUGUGGACCCAGAGGGACCACGAAAGGAGGACUUUGAAAACGAUGAAAGCCUUGAAGACGAGGGACUCGGGAGUGUAUGUCUCUGAGCAGAGUGAACUCCAGUGUGUGAACACAGGCAGCACAUCAGGGAUCAAGACUUUACAGAGGCUCAAGUUCACAUCAGAAGACUUGUGCCUUUUUGAGGGAGCUUUUUUUGUUUUUUUGUUAGCAACUUUGAGUUCCUUCACUCCUGCCCUUUCACACACUCUCCCCUCGUUGUAGCUUCGACACAAUUGUCUGUGUAGAGACUACCAAUCGCCCUGCUGCUGAGUAACUUAAGUGACCUGAGGAUGAAAGGGAAACUUUUAAGUAAAUAAAAAUAAAAAGUAGCUUAAUACACACAGGUACACCAGCAAACGCUUUACUCACAUGUUGGGUCCAAGAACAUUCUUAUCCUAAAAACCCUUCUUACUUUUUCUGUGAAGCUUGUUCGCACGUGUGUUUUAAGUCAAAUUCACUAAUCUUUGUUCGUAAAUUGCCCAUUUCAACCUGACUAAUGCCAACUGUUUACAAGCGUUCGUGAGAUUUGUUCAUUUGGAUAAUCAACUAACCUAAAAUGGCUUUAUAAGUUCUGUCCUGUUCUGCUCCAUUUGUGGACAAGUUUCAUUCAAAAAAUGUUUCCAAAGAGUAAAAAGAAGAAUUUCACGCUGCUGAGCUUCACAUCCUGCUGUCAGAAAUCAAUAAGCACAGCAGUGGAUGUUUAGCAGUCGUAUUAGGAGACCCGAAAUCAUUUGAAAAUCUUAAGAAUGUUCGCCGGGGAAGCGACCCGCAUUUAAAAACCCUGACGCAGAUGUUGGCGUGAGAGAAUUUUCCUAACGAAUACUAAAGUGUUUAGGUUGCCAAGUCAUUCAGAUUUAGGCUUUAUAAUUGUGAUUUUCUGGCAAAUGCAACAAGUUUUCUUAAAUCACUUGUGCGUGCCACUUGACAACAAAUCUCUUCGUACCGGUGAUUCUUGCACGAGGCCCUUUGUCUUAAAGAAGUGUACGUUUGAGCACUUUUAAUGUAUUUCCUUCAGGAUGCCCGUGUACUUACUACUGACUGAACACACUUGAAGAACCACAAUGUUUGUGUUAUAUAGUGUCUGGUUGUGUGUUUUGUGAUUGUAUUUUGUUUGUUUAUUUGUUUUUAAUUUCCGUUCUCUUGACACAAACAAAUGCAGUCAAGCUGAAAGAAGACGGUAGCUUGACCCGUGGAUUGUUAUAAAGUAUACUCGUCUAAAACCCUGUCUACUUAAUGGUUCCUGUACUUGCAUCUGAAGGAUCUGUUGACAUUCAAACUAAGAAUUAACUCAAUUAACUUGUCAGCAUGAACAAGAAACCGUUAAAGUGCUGAGUAGACGCCAUGAAGACUGUGACAAGUUUAAAAGCUCAGGAAAAAGCUUGGGAAAUGACAUUGGAAUUGAAUUGGGACAAUUUUGUCAAACUAUUGAAAUAUUGUGAUUAAAAAAUACUUGAUACUCGCAAAAUAAUUGAUUUGUAUGA